ACCUUAUUCUCCGCAGGCACAGCCACCUGAAGAAGGUGCAAGAGCGGAGCAAGGUGUGCGAGUGCGAGUGCGCGCUCCGUCUCCCGCCCAAAGCCGCGCUGCGCCGCCAAGUCUGGCCUGGUACUUUUGAUUUUCGCUCAGUACCAAUCUGACGGGCUAGCGAGCAGCUCGAGCAUCGAGUCCGCGCUCCCUUCCACUCCACUCACUGUCUCCAUCGCCGGCACAAAACGUUCAGUGGCAUGGUGUUGCGGAUUUAAUUGACUCUCGCCGGCAGACUCCAAGACUCACUGUCUUCCAAAGAAAACUGCGUUUAACAAUUAUUCGAAAAUAACGAACUGCAUAUUAAUUCAACAUGCUGAAGAAGAGCAGUGAAUUCAAAUUGCAUCUCAGCAAAUUCAACGGCGGUCAUCCGAUCAGCGGGGAGUCGGGCACGAUGAUCAAGUCGUCCGUGGUCGAUCACCACGAGCACCACCAACAGCUACAACACCACCAGCAGAGCGGCGGCCGGUGCGCGAGUUCCCACAACCCGCCGGCGACGAGGCAGCAAGACAGCGGCCUCGGCAGUACCCUUUACCCUGAGGAAGAAGACACUUCCUCCGACUGCAGUCCGGCGUCGUCCGAGAGCCCCAGCCCGGCGCCACAGGUGCCCCCGGUGUCGGCCAGCGCGCCGCCCCUCCCGGCCAAUCCGCCCCCCAACAUUUCCGCAAACCUUGCCAAGGGGAAAGUGAUCAUCAGGCCUGUGGCGUGCAGACCCACCCCCAGCCCCGGUGCCAGGUUACUUGGCGGCAGGAUAGGCGAACGAUACGGCUCCACACCCAGUCUAGUGCACAGGCCCGGCUCUAGACUCGCGCUCUAUGGAAGUAGCAACGAUUUGCGGCCUUAUGGGGGCAGCUCAGUGACCAACUACAACUCUCUCGACCGCAAACUGACGUCGUCUAGCUCAGGUCGUUUCGACGCGAUGAGUCCGCCGUCGCGCCGCGUCGGCCUCUACCUUUGCGACCCCUCCUCGAAUACCUGCAGUUCCCUACCGCCCGUGCCGCCGCCACCGAUACCUCACGACAGUGGCAGCAGCAGUAGAGGAAGCUUACCACCUUCGCCUGAAGGAUCAGACUCAGGAGAAUUGGAACAGGCAUUGCGGGAGCGCGAUGCUGAAAUCGGCCAGCUCAGGGACACCCUGGAGAGGAACGAGGCAGCCAUCUUCACGGUAUACGAGGAGAAGGAGCGUGCCUGGGAAAGGGAACUAAGGAAACUGCGAGCCUUGUACGAAACACGCCUCAGGGCGAGUCAGCAGAAAUCGCUCAGGGUGGAGCAAACACUUGCCUCGCACACAUACCAGUUGCAGCAAGAAAUACGUCGGCUGAAGCAAGACCUGAGCGCGGCCAACACGGAAAGCCAGAAUAAUACAGCCAUCGUGAGCGAACUGCGUCAGGAGCUGGCGGUGCUGCGGUCGAGACUAGACGACACCGAGUGGGGUUUGUGCCACAAGUCAGGCGAACUCGCGCUCAUCAAAGCCCAACUCAAAGACUCACAGGGUGAACAAGCGAACAAAAGUCAUGAGCUGAUCAAUCUUCGAGCUGAACUGAGAGAAGCGAAAUCGAAACUUGAGGCUAGCGAGAAACAGGCCGAACAACGACUUGCUCAGGAGCGAGCUGCCUUCCAGGAAGAGCGUCUAACUUGGUUGAGGGAAAAAGAACAGGUUCUGCACUACCAACGGAGGCUGCAACUGAACUAUGUGCACAUGUACCGCCGGACGCGCACGCUGGAAAGCCAACUGGAAGGCCUCAACAUCAAAAGCCCGAUCAGCCACACGGUGCUCGACGACGAGAACCCAAAGGCCGUGCUCCUGAAGCCUGUCGCGAGGAAAACCCUGACGCCUACCAAUUCAACUACUCUUGUACCUGCCCUUGAUAAUCACACUAUUGAGUUGUAGAAACCAACAAUGUUGUAAUUUUGUUAAGUAUAAUACUUCUUUCAACUGUGCUGAUUUGUAAGACAUUUUUGUAUUGUUAGCAGUUAUAAUUGUGUCCUGUAAAUUAGUAACUUUAUCGGUAAAAAUUAUAAUUGUGUUUUAGUAACUUGUAGCCUUCUCAAUGAACUGUACAGACAUGCUUAGGUUUAAAUUACCACCCUCUUUGUAGCUACCAAGUAGCAUUUGAAUCAUGAAGUAUAACGACAUAUUAUAUGAGAAGCGAUGAAAAUGUUAAUUGUCUCUGUAUUAUUUUCAUGCAUAUGUUGUUUUCUUUGACACCUCCUUAACUCUGAAAGCGCUGCUGAGAAGAAAAGUCAAUUGUGUAAAGAUUUGCCUUAGUGUAUCGAACAACUGUAUAAUUAUUUUUGUUGAAUCUAAAACAAUAAAGUGUAUUAUUAUUAAUUAUGA